AUGGGCAACUGCUGCCCGGGGUCCCGGAAGUCGGGAGACCCCGCGGCGGACUCCGGAGGCUCGUCCCGCCCCGGCGGCGGCAGCAGCGCGGGGCCUUCCUCGGUGUCGCCCUCCUCCGCGCCGCAGCACAACAAGCCGCCGGCCCCGAUCGGCCCCGUGCUCGGCCGCCCCAUGGAGGACGUCAAGAGCAUCUACAGCGUGGGCAAGGAGCUCGGGCGCGGCCAGUUCGGCGUCACCUCCCUCUGCACCCACAAGGCGACGGGCCACAAGUUCGCCUGCAAGACCAUCAGCAAGCGGAAGCUGUCCACCAAGGAGGACGUGGAGGACGUGCGCCGGGAGGUGCAGAUCAUGUACCACCUCGCGGGGCAGCCCGGCGUGGUGGAGCUCAAGGGCGCCUACGAGGACAAGCACAACGUGCACCUCGUCAUGGAGCUCUGCGCCGGCGGCGAGCUAUUCGACCGGAUCAUCGCCAAGGGCCACUACACGGAGCGCGCCGCCGCGUCGCUGCUGCGCACCAUCAUGGAGAUCAUCCACACCUGCCACUCCAUGGGCGUCAUCCACCGGGACCUCAAGCCCGAGAACUUCCUGCUGCUCAGCAAGGACGAGAACGCGCCGCUCAAGGCCACCGACUUCGGCCUCUCCGUCUUCUUCAAGGAAGGGGAGGUGUUCAGGGACAUCGUCGGCAGCGCAUACUACAUCGCGCCGGAGGUGCUCAAGCGGAACUACGGGCCCGAGGCCGACAUAUGGAGCGUCGGCGUCAUGUUCUACAUCCUGCUUUGCGGUGUCCCGCCAUUCUGGGCAGAGUCGGAGCACGGCAUCUUCAACUCCAUCCUGAGAGGCCAGGUGGACUUCACCAGCGACCCGUGGCCGCGCAUCUCCAGCGGCGCCAAGGACCUCGUCAGGAAGAUGCUCACCUCCGACCCCAAGAGGAGGAUCUCUGCGUACGACGUCCUCAACCAUCCGUGGAUCAAAGAGGACGGUGAGGCUCCUGACACGCUGCUCGAUAACGCUGUGCUUGGCAGGCUCAAGCAGUUCAGAGCAAUGAACCAGUUCAAGAAGGCGGCGCUAAGGGUGAUCGCCGGGUGCUUGUCGGAGGAGGAGAUCAGGGGUCUCAAGGAGAUGUUCAAGGGCAUGGACUCCGACAACAGCGGCACGAUCACCGUCGACGAGCUGCGGAAAGGGCUGGCCAAGAAGGGGACCAAGCUCACCGAAACCGAAGUCCAGCAGCUCAUGGAUGCCGCCGACGCCGACGGCAACGGGACGAUCGACUACGACGAGUUCAUCACGGCGACGAUGCACAUGAACAGGAUGGACAGGGAGGAGCACCUCUACACCGCCUUCCAGUACUUCGACAAGGACAACAGCGGGUACAUCACGACGGAGGAGCUGGAGCAGGCCCUGAAGGAGAAAGGCCUGCUCGACGGCCGGGAGAUGAAGGACAUCAUACAAGAGGUCGACGCCGACAACGACGGGAGGAUCAACUAUACGGAGUUCGCGGCGAUGAUGAGGAAAGGGAACCCGGAGGCGGCGAACCCCAAGAAGCGGCGCGACGUCGUGCUGUAG